UGUGUUUAAAGGGUGGAAAGGCCCAGAUCAUCGGCCCUGAGGAAGAGGAUGAAGAAGAUGACGGCUAUGCAUUUAAUGAGAUGGACGGUCCGUUCCAGGACAUUGAACUGUUGAAAUUACGACCAGCUCACAUGACCGUGUUCAUGAGAUACGUCUUCACGCAGCUUCUGGACCCAAACCCACUGCUGUUUUACCUGUCGGUGGAGGCCUACCUGGGCUCCAGUCCUAAAGACGCCCGCGCACUUGCACCUCAGAUCUGCUCCCAUUUCCUGGACCCGGACGCUCCCCUGAAAAUCAAAGUACGGGAGGAGUAUCUCUCAGAUAUCGAGAGUCGGUUACAUGCUCAGGAGGACAUCAGAGGACCUCUGUCCGAGCUGCAGCAGCUGGUGCUGCCUGACAUUCAGGACCAGAUACAGGACUACAGGAACAAGCAGAUGAUGGGUCUCGGCUCUCUGUUUGGAGAAGGAGACCUGCAGCACCUGGACGGAGACCCAGCCAAAGAGAGACAAGUGGUGGACAGACAGGUCUCCGCCCUCUGGGAGAUACUAUCGAAGCACGAAGAAGACAGAAGUUCUCCUCUGGCAUCAGCGGUCCUCCUCUACCUGCGUCACUCUGGCAUCAAGCUCAGAGACUCCAAGGUGUUUCCUGGUCUGAGCACAGAGAAGGAGAAGUGGCUCGCCUUUUUGAAGACGAAAAAGCUGAGUGGAACCAAGAAAGAAAAAGAAAAAGAUGGAGAGGAUAAGAAGAGAAAUCCCAUCCUGAAGUACAUCGGCAAACCCCGCUCCACAUCCCAGUCCACAUUCCAUGUCCCGUUGUCACCCAAUGAAGUCCGUCCUGGCAGUGUGAGAAACAUCAUUCAGCAGUUUGAGAACCACACGGAGGCGACAGGAGAGGAGGGAGGCGACGCUGCCGACACCCCGAGGCUCUCCUCCAGCAGCCUGGGAGAAGACAGCAUGGACGGCAGCCCGACGGUCUCAGUGCGUCUGGCACGCAGCGAGUCUCUGAAGGCUCAGGGAGAAGGGCGUCGGCGGGGUGUUGCCUCUGCAACGGAGUCGGUCCCCCGCUCACGUAGCGAUGUGGACAUGGAGGACUGUGGCGAGGAGCGGGAGGGGCCGGGCCUCAGGCCGCUACAGCACAGCGCUUCGUCAUCUGCGUCCAGCAGCUCAGCGCGGUCUCUGGAGAACCCUACUCCCCCAUACACCCCUCGGUCCAGACGCAGGAGCGUGGACUCACCACUGGCCCUGCUACCGGACGCUGCGGCGUUGGAAGAGGAGGUGUGUGACGGUCAGAACUGGCAGGACACGGUGUCUCAUCAGCUCCUCGCCACGCUCAGCCCGAGGGAAGUGGACAGACAGGCUGUGAUAUAUGAGCUGUUCACCACCGAGGCGUCCCACCUGCGGACCUUGCGGGUCCUGGACCAGGUCUUUUUCCAGAAGAUGAGGUCUGUCCUGAACUCUGAUGAGCUGGCCUGCAUCUUCCCCAACCUGCCUCAGGUCUACGAGCUCCACGCAAGUCUGUGCGAGGCGAUGAAGAAGCGGAGAGAAACUCCCGUCGUUCAGGACAUCGGGGACGUCAUGCUGGCCAGGUUUGAAGGUGCAGCUGGAGACGAGUUUCAGGAGCAGGCGUCGCAGCUGUGCAGUCAGCAGUCUCAGGCGGUGGAGCUCAUCAAGAACAAGAAACGCAAAGACCCUCGCUUCGCUCACAUCAUCCAG